AGAGGAGGAAGGGGAUGUCGGGACAGCAAAGAUGUCCGCGCUCGUUUGAAAACUUACUGUGGCCAAAUCCACAGUUUGGCACCGCAUACGAGUUGUUUUAAUGUUGGCAAUUAAGAGGACGUUGUGCUCGAGCAAGACCCUCUCGAAGGAAGGAAACGGACUCCGCGACAAGAGCCAGACUAUUCCUUAUUAUCAGGUAAACGGUUAAACUGCCUCAUGCUAACACAGAGCUAGCUUAGUAUAACGUUAGCUAGGUUGCUAAACGUGCCGUACUGUUGAACUAAACUGUCAGAGGAAUGGCGAUUAAAUACUCAGUAUUUACCUUCAUUAGCUGCUGCCAUAUAACAACUGAUACUGCCAACAAAAGUAUAAUACAGUUGUAGAUGAUUUUAGUGUUUGUAAAACGCUCUUUAUGAUAUUGCCAGAAGCCACUGUAUAACACAAUAGCCGGCAAUAAUGUUAUAACCACUUUUUUUUACUCUAAUGUAACCCGAUAAAUGUUUAGUUUUUGUUGACAUUAUUAUUUAAGUGAUUAUCCCUCUGUCUCUUUAACUGAAGACAUAGUGGGUAGUGUUGGUGAAGAACCAGAGUGUGAUAUGUUGAAGGAUGUUCCUAAUAUUGUGACCCCCUCAUCAACAAAUAACGAAGGAGGCCAAAACAUGAGGAAGACCUUUUAUUACAAUGAGCUCUGGUACAUUAUCAACAUCCACUACUACUUCAACAACUAAAACUGUCAGCUGUCUGACCAUGUCAAUAAAACUGAAGAUAUUAAUGCUUCUGUUUUUAACCUUCCUCCUAUGUUGGCUUUUACUACACACCCACGAUGUUAAGAGUCUUAAAUCAGCUGUAAAUUACACUCAAAACACUUCUCUAUCAUCCAAUUUAGUUCUCAUCUCUAGGUUAACUUGUUAGGCUUUAUUAUCCAUUAAAAUAUUACUUAUAAUAGAUCUGGGCGUUUCUUUGUCAGUAUACCCCUCACACAGACAUCUAUACUGAAUUGAUCUUACAUGACUGGACAUCCCUGACGUUGUUUUUUGUGCAGGGAAAUACAUGGAAAAAUGAGAAUUUCCUAAAUCUCCCAUGAUUGGAAGAGGAUCUUACUGUCCGUGUGGUGCCUGACAGUGCACUUAUGAUUUCAGUUUUUGCUCUGAUUAUUAGAUAUUGAUCUAACCGGGUCAACAGUGACCCUAGCACGACAAGUGCCAUAAUUUUAAUAAGAGCAUUUUGUAAUUUUAACCAAAAUAUUCUAUAGUUGUUUGGGUUUAAUGUAUUGUCUGAAUUGUAGGUUUGUCAGCUAAAUAGUACAGUUGUUGCAACAGUCAAUCAGUUAUUACAUUGAAUAGAUUUUUCUGUUUAAUUGAGUGUGUGCCCUUAUCGCUCAGUUUAAUCUCAGAGCUGAACACUUCACUGCAGCAUAUCAACAACAUUAUCCCAUGUUGAAAAUGUUAAAACAAUCUUGAACAUUUAUUUCUGUCCUCUGUUAUUAAAUUUAUUUAAAUGCUGCAAAUAUCUUUCCUGUUCAUACUAGAAAUAAUGCUGAUAUCUGGAACUCAUGUCGGAAGUCGUGUAUGAAGAGACAGCCACGAUGAUUGCCGCAGGGGAAUUGCAGUCGUUUGUCCCGUUUGGCCGUGAGCACUGCAAGAACCAUCCAAAUGCCUUCAACCUGCAGCUCAGAGAGCUCCAGCCUGCCUCCGAGCUCUGGUCUUCUGAUGGUGCUGCUGGCCUGGUGGGGUCCCUGCAGGAAGUCAGUCUGCAGGAGAGAGAGAGGGUGAUGAUAUGAUAGUUUGCUAUAUUAUAUUUUUACUCUUCUGUUUUUUUCAUGGAUAUUGACAAAGAGAAAAUAAAUAGUGGUUUUAUUUAAUGUUGUGUUGAGUAUGAUGGUUUUUUUUAUUGGCAGGAAUGUUGGCAGCUUAGAAAGGGCUGCAUCAGAGUCAGGGAGGAGGAUGUAGAGUUUGAGGAGGAGCUCUACACAGCUGGAACUGUGGUCAUCUGGAGCCAAGGCAGUCGAACUCAGGCCUCCAAAGUGUACAAGGCUUUUACCGUCGAUAGCCCAGUGCAGCAGGUGUGAAUAUCUUAACCUAGUUCUGUUAUUAGACACUUACCCUCAUUGAUACAAUUCUUCUGCUUGAAGGCGGUGCAAGUAAAAAUCCUAUAAAUCAAGUGUAUACAUAAGACACUAAAGUAUCCACUGGGAAUUUAAUUUGGUAAUAUUGUAAGUUUCAACUUCACUUGGCCAAAACAAAUGCCUUUAAAAUGACUAAAUUAUACAGUGCCAGUUUGUGACUGUGAUUAAGAACUAUAACAAGCUUUCUUCUUGUCUUGAUAUAUUGAUAUAUGUAGUAUAGUCUUUUCCUGUUACAGUGGAAAUUUGUGGUGAUUUUUUUUUCCUCUUGAAAUACCAAAGUUGGAAAUCAUCACCUUUGACUCUCUCUUCAGGCCUUAUGGUGUAACUUUGCGGUUCCCCAGAACAAGCAAAAAGGUACUGUAUCAUUCAAAAGCUUUGCAUUGCAGUGCCAUUACAUUUUAGAAAUAAGGAAUUCACUUAACUUUGGUUUUGCUUUGCAGAGGAUGAAGUGGAGCAUACAGUGUGUAUCGUCCAGAGAAGCUGUGUGAAUGUUCACACUGUGUCGGGGAAGGAUUUCAUUUCACCACUACCAUUCCAGGUGAGGAAGCAGGAGGUCUUACUUUAUAUUACUAAGGAAAAGAAGGUUAAAAAGUUAUGUUAAACCCAUCCUCUACAUUCCUGGAUGCUACCUGGAUUAGUUUUUGAUCUCUACUUUGGUUAUCAUCAGUCUUUUCAUCACAGUCUUCAGAGAGAAAUAUUGCAUAUACUACCAGUAUUCUGACAGCCAUGGUCACUGAUUUUGUCUUCACAGUACAGUAUAAAUAAAUGUUCUUUUUAAUUGAUGAGAUUCUUGCUGCUUUCCACAUAAAACCCUUUGAAUCUUGCUGCCUAUUUUUCUUACACCUCUAUUUGAAAGAGGCAAAAAAACACCUUUUCACAUUAUCAUUGGAAAAAAGAAAAACUGAAAUCUUCGAAGUUUGACUGCGAGUGAAAUUUACUUUAUUGUAAAAAUAAUCACAAUAUUGAUAAACUGACAAAAUUCUUAGGCUACUUGCCUACAUGCACCAAGGGAGGUGCAGAUAGUGAACCAAGUGGAACAUUAAGUAGCUCAAGUGUCAGCUCUUUUACUCCAAAGUCAGUUAAGAUCUAAACAUAAAUAAAACAGAUUAAGAAGAGAGCAGCAAUCCUCCCUGAAACAGAGCGGUUUGAUUUGUGGUUUUUGUACUUUACAGGAAGAUGUUGGCAGUAAAUCUUUAUUGUAAUUAAUAAACAGUAACAGUAAAAUAUGAUUAAAGGUCCUCUGUCCAUCCCCUCUUGGUUUCACCAGGUUUCAGAUGUCUGGGCAACAAAGUUUGGAUUAUUGUUGGAAAGAAAAAACACAGCAACUGAUGUACAAACCAGUCCCCCUGGGUAAACACUAAUUCUGCACACUCAUGCACCCAGACCCAAACACCCAUGUGAAAAUGACAACAUAAAAUUCACCAAGAUUCAAACAGAUGUGCUCCAUAUCAAAGACUCAUGAAGAUGUUGUGAUCUUUUGAACUCUUUUUCUUUUUAGGGAGCCGUUGCCUACAGUUUUUAGCAUGCUGCAUCCUCUUGAUGAAAUUGCACCAGUUGUCUUUAAACCCACAGGUUUGAGACACACACACACGCACACACACGUUUAUGAUUUAUGAUUAUAUUUUGACCUGACCAGAGUAUCUUUAUUUCACAGGUCUGUUUGAAGGCUCCCGUGUUCAGUAUGCAUCUGAUGUGAACAUGAAGAUUGUGUUCAGCUCCUGUCAGCCCUCUUUGGUUGUCUCCUAUGACACUGUACAGGGAAUACACUCAGUCUGGACCCUACGCAAGGUCACAGAUGAUGUGAGUAUUUACACACACACAGGAACAACACAGAGGCUUUGUCAGUCUCCAGCCUCUAAUCCUCUCGUCUUCAUUAGGAGCGUUCGACGGUCCUGCGGUGUCCAUCAGAGCCUGUUGGCACUUCACUGGGUCUGAUGGCAUCAGGCAUCCUGACCUCUCACCUCCGCAACAUCUCUCGCCUGGACUCACCUGGUGGGAGUGUGACCACAACAGGAGCAAGGUAGAAGUGAUGUAAAAAGCGUUAAACAGUUAUACAGUUGUAAUCAAUAAGUCCAUUAAGUCAUUUCUGUUACGUCAUAACCACUGAGUUUCUCAGUUUUGAUAGCUAACACCAUAUUAGAGAUAUAAAGUACUUUUUUGUUAUAGUUUUAUGCAGCGUUAUUAAUGUAUUGUCUGAAGCAGUACUAAAUGCACUACACGUUGUACUGAGUUAAAUGAUACUUCUCAAAUAAUAUAGAGACAUACAGUACACUUUUGAAAUUGAGAUGUACAAACUUGAAUGCAUCGUAGAGGGAAAUAAACAUUUAUAAUUUCAGUUUUGUACUGUAAAAUGACUGAACGACAUCUCUGGUCCCCUGCACGUUCCCUGACUCCUUGCUGGCUUUAUGCUCCUGUGUAGUUGUGUUGUUGGCAGUGGCUCCCCUCUCCACUACAGUGCUCUGCACAGCCACUCAAACAGGAUCAUGACCUCCUCACCAGGUUUAUACUCCCGUGUUCAUUCCCCCAGUAUUUCCAAUAUGGCUGCCCUCAGGUAAGUCUGAACUUAACUGAAGAGGAGCGUUUGUUUAUAAAAAUUGCAGAGAACAUUUGAACUACUUAAAAACAAUGUUUAUGAUGAGUUAAGAUAAACUCAAUAUUUCAAACAUAUGUUUGUUGUGCUGCUGGUCGAAAAAAAUUGCCAAGUGUUACAGUUUGACAUGAUCAUGAGUGCUGAUGUCUUUUCUUGUCUCUUUUCCUUCGAUCACAGCCGUGCUCACUCUCCCGGCAUGGCAGCUCCAUCCUUUUCGGGUGCAGCUCGAUUCAGCACGUCUUUCCACAGCCCCUCCCCAAGGGUGCACUUUGGCCUGUUGCCCUCUCCUAACAGCACAGUCAAUGAGACAACUUUGGUACCAGAGAUGGAGCCCAUUAUACCCGACCUCUGCAUGGAGCAGCUGUGGAGUGAGACAGUCACAGCUGGCUGUCAGAGGUAAUAACAUGUCUGAACUUUAGAUGACUUACUAAUUAAACUUGGCUUCUGAAUUUAAGGAGACUUUUCCGAAAGAAUGCCAAGAAACCUCACUUUUAGUAGUUAUUUUGUUUUUCAUUUGAACACUCUUUGUACACUGUAACAACAGAGAAAUGUCAAACUGACACCAUCUUUUCCAACUUAUUUUCAACUGCUGAUGUGACUCAUGUUGACCUUGGGGCAGAAUCAAAAUGCAUUGAACUUUCCUGUGUUUGCAGAGAGAUGAGCAGCCAAGCAUCCAAAGUGUUCCUGACCUCUGACCUCUGUGAGAACCGUUACCUCUGUUUCCUGGUGGAUUCCCAUCAACAGCUCAGGUCAGGAAAUAAAACUGAAAUCGACUCCAUGUGCAUUGUACUGUAUAUUUUUUUUAGGAUAAAAUAUUUUUAUUAAUCCAAGUCAGCAGAGCAACAUGACAGUUUCUGUAUAGUCACUGAAGAAACACUGAUGGCUCAUGUAUAAAGAACGAGAGACAAACAAUCCAAAAACUCUCUUUCAUGAUCCACCUUUUUGUUUUUUGUCUUUUCUUAGAAAUUUAUUUAUAACAACAAAUCUUUUUUACUCUUUCCACAGAUGUGUGAAGUUUAUGGAAAGCAACGAUACAUCCCAGCUCAUCUUUGCCUCGGUCACAACUAUCCCAGCCAAAGAUGCAGAGCCUCUACCGGUAUCUGACAGUAUAUCUAUGCCCCUUGAUCAAUAAAUCAGUUAAAUGAUUUCCUCAUCUACGCUUGACAGAGAGGAAAAGAUAUUUCACAUCAUGUUCAUUUUUUAUACACAACUUUUCUGCCAGGAUAUAAAUCUCUAUGAUUUUAAGGUGCCCAUUAAAUCUGAUGUUACAUAGUGUUUUAUAGUGUUUUGCUGGCUUAGUUACAAUCAGAGGGUGAUGAAAUGUUCCGACUCCCUUGUGUGUAAAAAAAAAAAAAAAAUACAGGUAAAAUAUUAACAUCUUUCUCUGAUACAACAACCUCUGCAAACUGUGCUAAAUGACACAGAAAUAUCUGUUCAUCAGGUAAUGAACAUUCAUCGACACACUCCUCUUUUUUCACUCUGUUUGUCUGCAUAUCAGUGAUAUCUCUACGGAUUUAUGGCUGUUUUUGGCAAAUUGCUGUAUGAGAUGUUUUGAACAUGCGUAGGAGGCUCCAGUCUUUUUAAUGCUCCCGGAUGUUUAAGAGCUCUAACUGAUAUAAUUAUGUCUUUACUUGUUCCUGUUACCUUUAGAAACCAAUGGGUGUAUAUUUAGCCGAGCUUAAUCUCUGCCUCAAAGGACUUUGUUAAACGUCAACAGAAGACCGGAAAUCCAAACGACCAGUUUAAAAGAAGGCCGUUUAUUAAGGGCUGCACUAUGCAACAGAAGAAAUAUGAUUUGAAGUUUUGUAACAGUUUAGAUUUUUUUAAUCUUGUGUUGAAACCCCUUUUCACUAUAUUAUUUAUGAGCUGUUUAGGAUUACCUAACAUGUCUCUGACACUCUGUUUGUGGCUCCUCAGAGUAUAGAUGCCAUGCUGGUUCUGGAGGCAUGUGGCAGUCUGGUUCUCUACACAGGAAUCACCAGGGUAAGAAGAAUUAAAACAUGAGGACGUCAUGUCAUUAAAGGCAGAUUGAUACAUGGCAGCUUGUGAUUUCAUGGUCUAGAUUAAAUUGACAGUAUUUUUUUAUUUAUUGAGAUGAUAUCCUGUUAUAGAAAAACUAAAAUUGUGUCAUUGUGUUCCUGUAGGUCAGUAAAGUGUUUGUCCCUGGCCUCUUGUCACCGACCUUCAGCUUGACCAACCAAAUCCCUCAGGCCAGCACGCCGAUGGAGAAUGUUAGCACACCGGCCAACCCUGGGAGUAGGCACCUUCAAAGACUGGAUGAGGUAUGGACAUGUGCUGUGAUUAUGCCGUUCUUGAGUGAUUUAAUUUAUUCUGUUCAUGCAGUUUUUUGGUAAUGAGAUAGAUUGCGUCAGUUAUUUACUUUUAUUUUGACAUUGUUCUUGGUACGUCUGCACACAAAUAGCAGAGAUGUAUUUUCAGUUUCUUUUUUAUUCAAUAAUUCAAUCUGUCAGUGUCUGAUUGACUAUUUUCACGGCCUAAGAUGAUCUGUCACAGUGAAAAUGGAGGAUUGAUUUGGUUUCCUGUAUUAUCUUUUUUUUUAUAUUGUGACUUGAAAUUUACUCAUACAUUUUGUAUUUAUUUCCUACUUAAGAACAAACCACCUGUCACUUCUCUACUUUUGCUUCAUUUCUCUGGUUUUGUCCCUCUCCUCUAGGCUGCGAUGCCUUCACCAGUUAUGGGGCUAAGGGGUCCAAAUAUUAAAAUACAUGAACCUUCAUUUCUGGAUGACUGCACUUCGCAGCAUACCGCACCCUACAUCCACGCUCUGCGGGAUCCUGUUUGCAACAGGGUUACACUGGUAGGUUGGUGUGUGUAGCUAUUUGUGUGAGUGUGUUUGCAUUGUUUAGAAGGUGACACAGUAGCUGUGCACUUGCCUUGCCUUACAGAUGGACCUGUUCAAGUUUUUUAUAUUAUUUUCAUUUUUUAAAUAUUUCUUUAUAUUCUUCAAAAUUAACUGUCAGCUUGGACCAACAAAAUUUGUAGAAACAUGAUAUUGUUCUACAUUUUGACAGGAAUUUUUUUUUUAAGUCCAGGUAUCCAUUGUACACUCUUGAGGCUUAUUCUCAUGAAUUCUUUACAAUUUAACUUAAACAUCGGUAUGCAUUUCAUGUAAAGAUCUAAACAUUUUUGUCCCAAAAUCAUUCCUGAUUCCAUGCGUGCAGUGACACUGAAGCCAGUUUUUAACAUCUGACAGGAGUAAUUUCUUGACACUUAAGUUUUCUCAUUUAGCCCGCUGGUCCAUUCAUACUUGUGAAUGAGAUCCACACUGAUUGUGUUUCUGCCUCCUGGGUCCAGACUGCAAGACUCAAAAAGCAGACUUCCCAACCCUGAGAAAGCAAUAUACUCACUAAGAUGACGUCACUGCACCUUUCUUUCAUGCACAUCAACAAAAGCCCUUCCGCAAAGAGGUGCUAAACUGUGCCUGGAAGGUGCUGCUUGUCUGACAUACUGUCGGUGUUUAUUGAUUUUUUUUCUUCUUUGACACCUUGAUGUGGCUAUCUAAGGACUAAUUAAUUAACAAUUUAGCUCACUAGAGUUAGCAGAGCUACGCUUAGUAGUGCCUUUUGGUGGUUUUUAUCUUAGAGAGCUGACACCAGCUUGGCUGUGUGGUGAUUUGAUCCAUAUAAAUGAGAAUAAUCAAAGUAAUUAAAGGAUGAUCAAGCAUGGUCACCAUUGGUUUUUUAGCCUGUUCUCGGGGACCACAAGAAGCAGACAAAACAGUGCUAAAUUUCAACUUUUUGAGUAAAAUUAUGAAACAUAAUCAGCCCAAUUAAAUUGGCCAAUUAACAGGGUUUGGAAAUAAUCUGCAGUGGUCGAUACCUGCAGGCACAAGGCUGUUCAGAAAAACUAACUAUUACAAUAGACACUGCAGCCGAGUCAAUAUGGCAGCUGUAGAGUUAAUCUUAAAAAUCUAACCUAAAACACGUUACCUGCUAAAAUAAACAACUGUGCUCGAUUUUAAUGUGCAUUGAAUAAUAGUAAUAUUAGUAACAACAGUGAUAUAGAAAUAAUAAUGAUAUUUACAAAUGCAAAUAAAGACUAAUUAACUACAGCAACAUAAUAUCUGCAUACCUGCUCACGUAGUUGACCACAACAAGAAAACAUACUGAAUCUUUUCCCUGUAGUUUGAGCGAAGACACAUGGCUUCAACAAAUAAACAGGUGGUUUAACCAAUGGUACUACCUUUCAGUCCAUGUAAGCCUAACUGGUUGCGUAAGAGUUGAAGCUUUUAGGCAUGUUUAAUGUUUGUGGAGCCCAGGCUGUACUGUGACAUCACUGAUUGGGGUGAUUGAAAGUUUAAUCUGACACAGCAUGGCAAAGGAGGCAAUGACUCACUGCAUUUACCAAUUUAUUCUUCCAUUUAGCUGGAUCUCUGCUUAUCGGUAGAAAUAUUACAUACUCUUGUGACAGACAAUAACUUCUCUUUUUCACAGUAGACAUUUUUAAACAGCACAGCCCAGGUGUAAAUAAUAGGAUUGAUGAUAGCUGAAUUCCAUUCAGCCUCACAAUUUUCAGGGUCUUGGUAAUUAUGCAUGCUGGGUAAAAGAUUUACUAAAGCAGCUUACUGCUGCCACACUAUGCAAGACUAAAUGUAACAAACAGAGAUCAUCUUGUAUAAGAUUCUCAUGAACUGAGUCGUAUAAACUGAAUUUGUGCAUCAUCUGUCCUUCUCUCUUUAGGAACUGAGCAGUGGUCUAAUGCUGAGGAUUUCAGUCCCAGAGAUUGCAACUUCAGAGCUAGGUGAGGAACAUAGGAGGGAUUCUUCCUGUGAUCAUUUCGCUAUCUACUUUUUUAAAAUAAACAUAACACACACAUUCGCACACACACGCGCAAAUGAAAAAGCACACCUGUAUAUGAGUGAUACAUUUAAAACAAACAUGCUGAGAAAUUGCCUUGGCUGGAAUAAAUAAAAAAAGACAGAAAAAAGAUGUACCCCAACAGUAGUCGUUGGUCUUUAAUAUUUAGCUCUUUGUUGCUGAAUUAUGAGCAUUUUUGAAUAAGACUGUUCUCUCUAACACACAGACAAAUACGCACACACAAACACACACACGCAGACGCACACACAGAUAGCUGAGUCAGAGUAGUUAGGUCCCGUAAAUUAGAUUUGAGAGCUGCCCUACAUUGUUACGCAGUGACGUACAAUCUUGAUGUAUUAACAAAGCCAUUGCAAGACCCACACACAGACACUCGCUCUCACUCUCACACGUGCAGCUUUCAACUGGAAGUGAUUAAGCCGCAACAUAGAGAAAGUUUCCAUGUAGAGUUCUUAGAGAAAAUCAGACACACAGUGAAAUUUUUUUUCUUGUUCCUAUUUUUCUUCAGCCAUUUAAUCUAUUUUCUAUGUUAGGAAAACUGUUACUUUGGUAGCAUCUGUUGUUUAGAGAUGGGAGGUGUAUUGUUUUUUAUUUCUAGCCAGCCAGUCACUUCCUUGAUCACUCAAACCUACAUUUACAUACUCAGAUACAUCGGCUCCCCACUGUUACCAUUGCUGAGCUGUCAGCCUGGCAGUAAAGUUGCAAGUCCCAUGUAAGGAGGGUGUAAUCCUCAUUGCAGCGGUUUAAGGGUUGAUCCACACUCUUAGUGUGAUUUAGUGCAUGUCAUUCCCCCUUUCUGUACUGCCCCAAAAAUAUAUAAUUGUAACCAUAUCUGUGUGGGGGAAAAACCCAAAACUAAAACAAGGAACAAUUACUGCUACAACCAGCAGCAAAACUGCUUAAUCGACUACUUUUUAUUCCCUACAAUCCAGGCUUGACGUCAACAUGCCCCAACCCACCAAAUGUAGGUAGAUUUCAACUGUUAGGUGUAACAGGUGCACGGCAGAUUCAAUUUUAUCAUAGAUUUUAAUUGUUGUUUUCUCAAAAGGCAUGCUUCUAUAUGCUACCAUUUUCAGCAAACGGGGCCAACUGCUGCCUAGUUUAGUAAGUAUGUAAGACAGAGGAGCAUUGUGGUGGCACAAAAACUGUAACAAAACGCUGAGAGACAACACAAAAGAAAAUCGAAAAAUAAAACUGAAAUGAUGUACGAUAUACUGUAUGUUCAGCUAACCAAUCAGUUACUCUAUUUUUUAUCAACAUUCACUUUUUUGUUUCGUUUUGCUGAAGAGAAACCUUCAGUCAGUUCAACUGGUGAAGUGGUUGGCUUUAAAAUUUUAAUGACUGGUUUCUGUAAACUAGCAACAGAGCUCUAUUGUAAACCUGCUCCCAUUUAGACAAAUAUCAUAGAGCCAUAAUGUACCCAAGUUUUUUGGGCCAUUUGAAGUAGUGGUCUUCUUGCUUUUUCUUAGUGUUGCAGUAAAAGGUCCUUUGGUCUGUUCAGAUCAGCUCUGAUGAUGAACUUUUAAGUUUCUUUAUCUCCUUCAGUCUCAGAUAAAGCUCAUCUUUUUUUUGGGGGGUGGGGGGUUAAAAGCUCCUGCAUCACUUAGGUGUGUGUAUGACUCUGUCCGCCUUUUGUGUGUCUACCUUUACCUCUCUCUCAUGCGUUACAUUCCAUUAUUUAGUAAUCGAUCCUUCAGACAAGGCUCUAAUGAAAUGGCAUUUAUCCACAUCUUCACUGACCUUUCCCACUGGGGAUGUCCAAUUAAGAUAGCCUGCUGACGUUGAUUAGGAAUCUGAUUGUUCAGAGUUGUUAGGACACACAGUAACACAUUUUUUUCUAAUUUCCUUUUUAGUUUUUUAUGAUAUUAAUGAGAAAAAUGUAUCUUGCAGCAGGCUAGCAAUCAGUGGAAAAUGCAAUUACGUUACAAUGCAUUAAUUGCGCCUUUUAAAGUUCAACUCAAACAUGUUUUGUUGUGGUCAGUCAAAGGUAGAGUAAGCACUAUUCUGAUUUGGCAUUCAUGUAUUUGGAGUUUGUUUUUAAAAACAGUGAUCUUUGUUACUUGGCCAAGUCCAUAAACUUGAACCGGCAAUUUUCUGGUAUUUUUUUAAGCUUAACUGGAUCCUUAAAAAAAUCAUUUUUCAUCAUUGAAAAUUAAGAGCUCUAUUUAUUGUAUUUAUCAUCAUCUUGCUAACUCAUAAUUACCUUUUUUUUUUUUUAAACUUAUCAUCAUUUCUUUUUUGUUUGGCUGAAAAUCCUCAUUUUAAGUAAUGUAUCUCUUCUUCAGAGUACAAUUUUAAAGAGAGCUGGAGAUAAAGUUCAGUAUACUGUGUUCAUAAAAUUAUAAAUUGCAGCUAAAAAGCUAAUUUAGCAGAAUAUCAUUGAAAACAAAAUUUAAGACAGGAUUGAUGUUCUUGUUUUUAGCACUGACAACAUUCUGGGGUAUGUGAAAAUGUGUAAAACGGCUUGUAUAAAACAUUCCUAUCGUAGAUAGUUUUCGAUGUUGCAAAGCUCACAACCCAGAAAUAAGUGAUUGGAAUUUCAUGUAUUAAAUUUUAGUGGAGGAGGUACAAGUUUUAAUCAAAGCUCAUCUUAAAUAAUGUUACCAAGGUUAACACUAAUUGUAAAAUAAUGUAUUUUUUUUUCUUGAAUCCAGUAUUGUAGGGGAAUUAUUUUUGCUUUCUAGAGAGUCAAUAGUUUAGGGAUAAAGAAAAUAAGGUAAAGCAAGAUUAGGAGUUUAUUUAUUUAUUUAUUUACAGGAAGAUCGCUUUUUUUUUUUCAUCAUGAACAAAAAAUGUUUACUCAUUGAGUUGUCAUUGGUUAUUCCUGUAGGUCAUUUUCCACUGCCAUACAGUGAAAUUACACCUUAUAUUUUUCCAAUAGUCAGUCUUAAUCUGUCUCUUUUUCCUGUAUGUAUUUAGUGAGAAAGUGCCUCCAGGCGAUUCGUUUCAUCCUGCCCAAGGACGCAGCCAUGAAGGUUUGUUAAACUUAAAACAAGAGUUAAUGAAAAAAGUGGAAACUUCUGCGUCACUAUUGUUAAUUCCAUAUUAUAGAAAUUCAGUCUAGACUGUGCCUAUAGGUUUUGGUGAAGUGGUACAACAUCUACAAUGCCCCUGGUGGUCCCAGUGCACACUCUGAGUGGAACCUGUUCGUCACAUGCUUCAUGUCGCUGAUGGGUUACAAUACCGAGCGCCUGACGUGGAAACAAAACGUGAGUCACUGUGGAAGUGUUAUCCUCUCUCACCCUUAAAACCUGAAUUUAACUUCACUUGCCCUUUCACAUGUCCUGACCGUACUCUCUGAUUGAUACAGCUGCAUUUUGAAGUGCCUCUCUCUCCAGUGAUUGCAGCCAAGAAGGCUCGCCCGUCUGAUGGAGGCUCUGAUGAGGUCUGUGACGAUUCUGAUCCGUUAUGAUGUCACUAUAAAAUGCACGGCCAUCUUUGCAACUAGUUUAAGAAAGUUUGUAGACCCAUAUGCUCUCACAAAUGUUCAGGUUCUUUUUAUGAAACUGAAAGCAUUUGGGAAACACAUACAAUUCUGCCUUUUCUUUUGUUGAUUUCAAAACACUUAAUGAGGGUGCAAAAUACAAGAAGAGAUUUGUUUUGGAAUAUCCUGAAACUGAUGAAAAAACUCAGAUCGCAUUUAAUGGUUGUAACAGUUUCCCUCAAUCAGUUAGGAGCCCGAUCAUGAAAAUAACACCAUAAUAUCAGGAAAUGGAAACCAGUGUUGCAGACAGUAAAUCCACAAAGUCCUUGUUAUUAACUGUGAGUUAAAAACAAGAUGUUGACCAAAACUUUCUGAUCAGAGGGAAAAGCUCAACUGUUUUGCAGCUUCUCAAACUUUUCUAAAAGGUUUUUUUUAAUAAUAUAUUUGUUGUCCAUAAAGGUGUUAAACAGUGCAGAAAAUUAUUUGACAACACACAUUUAUACGCACACUGCCUCCUAAAAUACUCCAGAUUAAAUCUUGAGUGUUGUUCAGUAAUCGUCAUCUGUGUGGAUCCUCAUGUCCCCAAACAUGACUGUCAAAUGUCAAACAGCUGGAAGCUUGGGCUGUGUGUGUGUGUGUGUGUGUGUGUGUGUGUGUGUGUGUGUGUGUGUGUGUGUGUGUGUGUUUGUGUGUGUUUGUGUGUGUUUGUGUGUGUGUGUGUGUUUGUGUGUGUGUGUGUGUGUGUGUGUGUGUGUGUGUGUGUGAUUAUCAGCAUGUUUGACCUGAGGAAUUGCAUGAGUCACAUUAAAAGGAGCGUGCAAGGUUCUAAUGGAUCAUGUAUAUAUAGCAUUGGUAACGUCAUUUAAAGGACAAACUGUUCGGUUGUGAAUUGAAUGCAGUUAAUAAGUUAUUUACGUGAAAGUAGGUUUUGCCAAUAGAGCUUUCUCUAAGAGACAAAACGGAAUGCAAAGAAAGCAGACUAAAAAAAUCUAGUAUACAAAGCAAUGUUAAAGAUAAUGUUCAAAAGAACUGAGAGGAUCAUUUAAGUGUUUGACGAGAUCUUUGUCUGUCAAACAAGCGAGAGAGUCAAGAAAUCCUGAGGAGAUUAUUCCCUGUUUAAACAUGACCUCUUAGCCUUUAUGCUGCUGCGACGAUGUGUUAGUUUAACUAAGGUUUAAAAACAAAUAUGCAGAAAAAAGACACUAAUACUUCUAAAAAUGCCCUCAUAUUUCCUUUCUCUGAAGGAUUGGGAAUAUUUGGUGGGGUCUCAUUACCACUGUCAGAUGAAUUCCCAGCCUGUUUGUAGACCAGUGGACUCCAUUGGCUCCAACAGCUCUCUCAGCCCAGAGACUGAAAGCAUGUCCUCUGUAAGUAACUCACUUUGUUUCAAUUUAUCUCUGGAUACAUUUUAGAUGCACCAUUAUGUAGAGUAGAAUAAGAGAGGAAUUGAGUUGAAAAGAAUAGAAGAACUUUAUUGAUGCCUGAAGUAAAAUUCAAUAAUUUAAUGUAAUAUGUACGUUUGUCAUUGGACUUAAUGUUGAAUUGAUACAGAUAAUAAUGAUAAUAAUGAUAAUAAUAAUAAUAAUAGUAAUAAUAAUAAUGAUAAUGAUAAUAAUAAUAAUAAUAAUAAUAAUAAUAAUAAUAAUAAUAAUAAUAAUAAUAAUAAUAAUAAUAAUAAUAACAAUAAUAAUAAUAAUAAUAAUAAUAAUCAUAAUACUGCAACAUUAAUUACUUUUACCAUUGAUUUUAUUUUUGAUAUUGUUGUAAGAAUACAGUUAUUGAGUGCACACUUAUGGCUGCAUCUUGCAAUGACAAGAGUAUCCCGAUCAUGUACAGUAAUGUAUUGUAUGUGUUUUGUUUAUACCCUAUUCCAGUGUCUUAUUUGACCUCCCCCCUAUUACAUAUUUUGAGCUGGAAACUGACAUUUUCCAAAAAAGGUUUACAAAGUGAGAAAUCAUUUAUCCUACAUGCCAUAGCAGUGUGUCCUAUGUGGUUGCAUAUAUCCCAGUAAAGAAGGAAAUAUUUAAAAUAUCUAAUGUUGGGCCAUAAAUUCAAUAAACCACUGAGUUUCCCUUCGGGGAUAAAUAAAGUUCUUCUUAUUCUUAUUCUUAUAAAGUGAGGAAAGAAAUCAGUGAACUUUUCUGGUGACCAAAUGUUUGAUGCGCUAACUUGUCUCUGAACACUAAGUAGUGAGACAGCAAAGUUUUUUUUUUUUUUUUUUGAUGAGAAACAAACAUAAUUAAUAUGAGGUAAUUUUUUUCCCCUCCUGUAUUGUUUUGUUGUAGGCGUCCUCUCCCUGCAGUCCACCUCUGAAGCUGGACAGUUCCACCCCUCUCUUUCCCCACAUCCCUGCCCUUUUCUACGUGCUCCAUCUGCUUUAUCAGGAGCUGCAGCUGGACGAGCUGCAGAGAGCAAGAGCUUCCUCACUGGUCUGUCUGCUACAACAGCUGGCUAGGUAACCACACUUCCUGUCUGUGUGUGUACAGUGUGUACUCCUUUUUGAGCUAAUACCAAGUAGCAGGCCAGCUUGAUAAUGGAAUAUAAUAAUGAGCUGCAUAAAACUCAGCACAUGAAGAAAAUCCAAGCACAUUUCAUUUUUCAUUGUAAGCGCUUUUGUAAUCACAGCUCUUUAGUCUCUGCACUUAGCAAUGAACUUCAACAAUCUGUCAAGUGACCACUGUGAUUGGUGACAAGGACAAUGACAGAAUAGGUGGAGUGGUACUGUUAAGCGCUCUUCACAGUAAUUGGUCUCUGUUAGUUAGUAUGUGGGCUGUUGUAAAGUGCUGUGCAUUUUUUAAAGUCUUGCUGCUUUAUCAGGCUAAUUCUUUUGGCUAAUAUAUUGAUCCUGAUCGUUACACAGUUAUUAAACAAAGAAUACAUAUUUAAAAGUUUUAUCUCACUGAUGUGAGAAAGACGUGUGGUGGUGCCUUCACACAUCAUGUAUGAUGACUUUUCAGGAUUGAUUGAACCAUCCUGUGGUGAUGCCUUGUUUCACAGCCUCAACAGAUGAGCUCGUCCCAUCUCUGCUGUUUCCCAUUUAGUUUGAAAAAAACAAAACAAAAACAGAGUCAAAAGACAGGAAAUAAAAUACCUUUCUUCUUACUUAAAAUACAGGAAAUGAAAACCCCUUUUCUCACUUAAAAGACAGAAAAUAAGACCUUUUUCCUUAUUUAAAAGAGGGGAGAAGUUAAAAAACAACAGGAAGAAUAAGUAAUAAAUACAUUAAUUUAAAGUCUGUAGAUAUCCUUACCACAGUUUAACAAAGAUACUCAAGCUUAUGAGGAUGCACAAAUGCCUUUGUUGUUAUAUGAGAACAGAAGUUGAGGGAUCUAAAAGGAGAUCUGAUUAGGUUAAAUGAUAUAAGAAGUCUGCGCACAUUCUACAUCUUCUUACUCACAAUUUUGCGGUGUAUAACACAUACCCAACUGAAAACGUGUGUGUGUCGGGAUUAGAAGCUAUUGAUUAUCUGAUGUAAAGUAGAAUGUCAGUGAGUCAUGGCUUUUAAUUCCAUGGAAUAUGUGUUUAAUAACUUCACAAAAACAUGUUAAAUGUCACGAAUGCGCUUGAAGAAUGAGGGUUCAAUUGUAGGUUUAGUUCAAUAUUCUUGUCUUAAAUUAGUGCCCGGCUGUGCAGACUUUAGCACUAAAUUAAACUCAGUACAACAAAUGAGCAACCGACAAAGAUCAGGGACUUUCAUUUUGGUGGAAUUAAAUGAAAAUGAAUGGAUUAGGGAUAUAAAAAAAUCCUUAUGUAAAAGUGUUUGUUUGUGUUUGUUGUUCUCAGAGACCUCCAGUUGGACGAAUAUGUCGAUCUGUACUGGAGAGACUACCCUUCACUGAUUAGUGGCUUCAAUGAGAGCUGCCUCAUAGACCAAGGUAAGUCCUAUUUCAAUUUCUAAUGACAGAAUCAAGUAAGGAAACAGAUGAAGCAAAACUAUUUAGACCAAAAAGGGAUGGUGAAUAAUUUACAGAAGUGGUGACCAGGUAUGUUUAUUGCUGUUAUUGUGUCAGUAUCAUGUUGACAGGAUGUUGUCUUGGAAGUAUAAAUGAAUAUCUCUGAAGGCCAUGUCUCUGAAGCUCUACAGCAUAAUUAAUAGCUAGUCAUGGUAGUAGUAUGUACAAAAUAUCCCCCAAAAUAUGGGUAAGAUUCAAUAGUAUCAAAACUUGGAUCCCAUCGAACUCUACCUGUCAUAAUCUCUUAUUCUCUUUCCUUGACCCUCCUCUCUCCUCUUUCUUUCUCUCCCCUUUUCUCCUUUCAUCAAACUUUGCCCUCUCAGGCCAGUUGAGUCAGAUGCAGCGUCCGUCCUUCCUGAAGGCAGAGCCUCCCUGUGUGCUCAGCUGGCUCAGUAGCUGUCUGAGAGGAGAGGAGGUCCCACCUUUCCCGUACCUGCCUUGCAUUUGUCAGAGGACCAGACUACUGGUUUUGGUAGAAGCAAAUCUUACAGUUUUUCUCUUUUUGUAGUCCUUAACCUUUGAACAGGUUUCUCUUAUUUAGGCCUUAAAACAUUCGAUUACACCCAAUAACAAUAAUAUAAUAACACUUCAAAAAGUAGCUAGGUUUUCUACCUUUUCUACGACUGCAGUUAUACAGUGUUUUAGAGGGUUUAGAUGAUGUCUUCAGUGUUUUGUGCUAAGGCACUGACAUUACUCUGUCAGUUGUUACAUUUAAAUUUUCACUGUUAGCAGGCGUUUGCUUUGUGUGCACGUGUGUCUGAGAAAGAGAGAGACAGUGGGGAAAAAAUCCAGCUUUUAUUGAGACACAGUCAGAUUAUCUAUUUACUUAACAUGCCUGUGAUUUUUUUUCUGAACAUGAACAAUUAAGGGAUGGUUAUGGUUGGAGAUGAACAAAAGCAAAUGUGUGUCGUGCUGAUGGACUCAAUUGUUUCUCACACUCAUGAUUUACUCACACUCACAUUCUUCCACAUUUUUUCUUUAGUAUUUUCAAAAAUAAUGCCAUCAAAGCAGAUUUACUUUCUUGCACUUCUGACUUUAAAACUUUUGAUCCAGGAUCUUCUGUCCAACAAGAUUUCACCAUCUCUGCUUCAUCUGUCAAAUACUAAAUGUAGCAUUAAAUUUAUUUUUAAGUACUGUCUGGUUAUUUAUUGUCAUUAUCUUUAUUGUUUGUAUCUUGUAUGUUGGAUAUCUACAGAAUUUAAAAGGGGAUACAUUUCAUUUAAAGUUUAUUUAUGAAUGGGUAUAAUGAAAAUAUUAUUUUCUAAAGGUGAAUCCUUUUACUCUUCUUUGUCUCUGUUUAUCUCUCCUCAGAGUUACGCUCUCUAUAUUCUUCAAGAUGAAAAUGCAACAUCCACAGAUGCAUCAAAGUACCUGACCAAGCUCUCAGCAGGUGUGUGUUUUUGUAUCUACUAGCCUUGAAGAUCAUUCCUUUGACUGCAUCCUAGGACUGUGUGUGUGUGUGUGUGUGUGGGUGGGUGUGUGCGUGCGCGUGCGUGUGUGUGAACAUUUAUUGACAACCAGCCCUUUCACCCGUCACUCCUGUUGUUCCAUGCUCCAGGGCUCAGUAAAACUAGUCACCUGAUUUCCUCUUUUUUUUUUUUUACUUCAACAAAAGAAAAAAAUCUGAUACAGUGACAGCAGUCGCUGCAGGUAUUUGAUCUGCCCUUUUUUUUCCACUGACACAGAAUUGGUCAUUGACUUGUGGGCGGUGUGAGAAGUGACGAUUUUUUUCUGCUUUAUGUUGGACUUUUUUCUCUCUUUUUUUUUCUUUAUAAACAUAACAAAUCUACGCAGCAGCUAAUAUCUUCCCACAUCUGCACACCUCUCUGCUCAUCAAUAACUUUUUUUUGUUGCCAGCUCUUUAGCAAAGAAUCAGUGGAGGUUUAAAUAUACUUAAACACAGCUGAGGUUAAUUUCUGUCAGUUGUAAAAAAGAAAAGCAAAGGUCAUCACAUCAGACCUAUUUGUAGAACAAAUUAAUACACCUGUUAACCUUCUCCCAAUGCUGUCUGUCUCUUUGAUCUUCAAUCUGCCCCCCACACCCUCCUCUUUUUCAGGCCAGAAGUCCUGCACCAAUGAACCCCACUACAGAAGGUAAUUACAGCACAGAGAGAGAAAGAGGAUUACAAUGCUGCUUGUUUUAUACAGAGUAGCUACAGGGAAAGAAUUCACUGAAACAUUUUGGAUCAUGUUCGUUUUUUGCUGAUUUGCUCUGGUGUUUUGGAAAAUAAAGAGCACAAGUAAAUUAUGUAUUUCAGUUACCAUGUGGUGUUUGUGUUGAAACACAGUUGUGUUCACAGUCAGUACAGCCAAAGCGGACAAAAAUGCAGUUUGUUUUCUUCCUUAUCAAAUAUUUUCACAGCAAAUCCUCUAAAACAUUUUCAAACUCUUGUUGUUUACAAAAAAAUACCCCCCUGAAGACAGAAAUCUGCUUCUUCACUGCCUGAAAUGGUGCAUUACUGAGUUUGUUGGUGCAUUACUGCCACCUGUUGAUCAGUUGAAUAUUAAAAUGUAACUUUGACAUGAAUGUUUUCUGUUUUGUCAUGAACAAAACUGUUCUAUAGUAGGCUCGAAAACUUCAGGGCAAUGUGAAUUAUAGAAGUUCUUAAAUUUUAGAGGGCAAUAUACAAUCUGAUCAGCAAUCAUUGUCAUUGUUCAUUGAUCUGUUUGUAAUUGAUUGCUGUGAUUGAGGUUUCUAUUUAUUCGUUUCAGACAGAGCAUUGUGAAGGUUAAUCUCGCCACUAAGAGUCUUGCUGAGCAGCUGGUGGUCUGGCUCACCUCAGAAGGUAAGACAAGUGGUUUUUGUUCAUGCAGUAGUAAAAAUAAAGCGAUGGUGCUGCAUCCUCUUUUUUACAGGGUGUAAUUAUAAGACACAAAUCUACACACAGACACCUGUUAGUGACAACACGCUUUGUGAACUGGCUUUCCAACAACCAGACUACAAUGUCAGUGGAGUUAGAAGUUUUAUUCAUAUCUUAACAUUUGGUAGGUGCAAAAAAGUCAUUUGAACUGUAAAGGCUAAAGUCUUCUCAAAGAAUAAAAGGAACUCAGUCUAUAAAAUACAAAUAACCAUAAGAUAGUGUCAUUGCUUUCCUGCAUUUAGAGGACUUACGUGAAACUCUGACUGGCUUUUCCGCUAGCCGUCUUCAAAAUUGUGAUAUUUUGUGUUGUUAUAAUCCCUAAAAACUUACUUCUCUGAUUCAGGUUUCACACUGAAGGACCUGGAAUCUGUCCCCUUCGGCGUGGCUUUGCCCAUCAGAGAGGCCAUCUAUCGCUGCAGGGAGCAACCGUGCUCUGAUUGGUCAGAAGAGGUCUGUCUGUUGAUUGGGCGACAAGAUCUGACCAAACAAGCGCACAAGAUGACCCUGGCCAAGAGCAAAGCUGUGAGUGUGACUUCACUUUAACCCAAAAAAUGGUACCAAGUGUAUCAAAGCAUUAAACAAAACAAAAACAACACAAUUUGAAGUCUUGAGUCUGAUCUCUUCAGGUAUUUUGAUCUCAAAACUUAAAGAGGACAAUGUACACAAAUUUAGACAGUGCCCACAAGUCAAGUAUAAAGGGUAUGAGUCCCAGCUCAAUCUCAAACAUUAUUUAAAUGGUGUUUCAUUUCUUGCAUCAAUUUCCAUUUCAUGACUCAUCAACCACUCUGAAGUUUACAGAGCACUCCAUGUAAAAAAUUAUACUUGUAAAGUGACCAAAUGCGCUGAAAUGAAAGCUGUCAACCAAACAAUGCUUGAUUUUUUUCACUUGUAUCACUUUCAGGCAUUAGCUGCUAGAAUAAACUCAAAACAGGCAAAAUAGUUUGGGUUCAGUAACAGUAACUGAAGGUUAUCCAAACUGCCAUUUUGACUGUUUGUGAAUUUGGGAAUGAUUGUCUGUGUGUUUGUCUAGUCCGUAGGUUCUGGCCUGUCCUUGGAGCCUCCUGCUACCACGGAAGCAGAUGAGGAGGAAGAUGGGAUGUCAGACAUCAUCCAAGAGGUAACAGACACAUUAACAUAAUCUGUGGCAAAGUUAGUCUGCUUUCAGCGUACAGAUACUUUAGAAUAGCCCCAACCUUAAAAAGUGCACAUAGAUUCAACCUGGGGAUUUUAAUACUAUAGUUCCCCAGUUAAAAUGUUCUCUCCUCUCCAGGUCACAGGGCUGAUAUGGAGUCAGGAUCUGAGGGUCCAGGAGGUCAGAAGGCUUCUACAAAGCUCCAGGCCAGUGCGGGUCAGUGUUGUCCAGUUACCAGAGGUUUCAGAUCACGAGUACAUAGAGGAGAAAGAAAACAAGUGAGUGUAAUAUAUGCAGGCCCUGAUCGCCUCUUCUUCUUGCUUCCAUAUCUAUUCCUUAUUAAAUCAUUUGAAUGUCUAUUGUACGGAAAGCUUAUAUCUGCUGUUAUUGUUCAGAUGUUUUUAAACUUUAAGUCCUGUUGUUUGGUUUGCUGCACAUUCGCGUCUCUUUUAAACGUCAUCUUUGUAUCUCUGCCAGACUCUUGCAGUUGUGUCAAAGGACUAUGGCUCUUCCUGUCGGUAGAGGCCUCUUUACUCUUUUUUCCUAUCACCCAGUGCCCACUGAACCUUUACCUGUUCCAAAGCUCAACCUCACAGGUAAUGUAAUAAUGUUUGAAUCCCUCCACUGCUUAUGAAUAAUGAGACUCUAAAUUAGAAAAUUUUAAUAUCUGAGUUCUAGGAAGAGAGUCGGAGAGAAACGUUUUCAUUUUUCGACUAUAUCAGGGACAUAAUUACUCAAAAGGAGUGAAUUUUGUUGAAUAUGUAGCAGCGUGUGUGCAUUUUGUGUUGGCCUUGAAAGAUAUUUGUCGACCCCAAGUGAAUAUUGUUUUUCUGUGUAUUUAUGUUUUAUUUAUUUAUUUUUCUGACAGGCCGUGCUCCUCCUAGAAACACUAUGGUAGACCUGAACAGUGGGAACAUCGAUGUUCCUCCCAACAUGACGAGCUGGCCCAGCUUCCAUAAUGGAGUAGCUGCUGGACUCAAAAUAGCACCUGCUUCACAGGUCAGUGUCAGACGAGGCAUUGUUUUGAUUUUUGCAUAUACCUACAUUGGACUACUCGCCAGCUGCUGGAUUUCUGUCAGUUUUCUGUGUUUUCAAAACCUUUUAUAGCUCUCAUCUUUUCAGAAUCAAACCCAUAAAAAAUUCACAGUGUAAACAAAGCGUCUCUGUAAACAAUAACCUUUGCAUAUUGUUGUACAAUUAAAGACUUUCCUAUCAUCUGUCAAGGUGGAUUCAGCAUGGAUAGCCUACAACAAGCCAAAGAACCCAGAGCUGGCUAAUGAGUAUGCAGGCUUCCUUAUGGCUCUGGGCCUCAAUGGACACCUCACAAAGCUGGCCACUCUCAACAUACAUGACUACCUCACUAAGGUACACAAACGCGCGGAUAAAGAUUGACGUGUAAAGAAAGUAUCUCAGCUUUUCCAACAGUGCAUAUAAAACAAACAGACAUUAUCUUAAAACACUUCUGAUGUACACAGGCAGAACGCUCUCCAAAUUACAGUUUCUUUCAGUGGUUAAGACGCACAAAAAACACACACACUGACUCACAAAGGGCUGUCUGAAAGAAAAGUGUAAUUACAGUUUAUACGACAAAAUAGCAGUACACUUUCAUUACCUGGUGCAUAAACACACCUUCAGAGACGUCGUUCCCAAAUGACUGCAAAUGAGAAACAUCAGACUCGCAUCAGAGUCAGGCAGACAGUCAAUCUGAAACUCUGCCCUCUGAGAACUUUGAAACGAGAUUAGUCCUUCCCACUUUCAGGUGAGAAAAACAACAGGAUGCGGGAAGCCAAACCUUUUUUUUUAAUCUCUUUAGAAGGUAGUGUAAGGAUGUGGUUGAAGAUAAGAAUCAACUGUUGAAUCAAAUUCACGUUUGCCAGCUUCACAACUGAUUCCCACUCUGGUUAAGCCACAGGUUUUAAAGAUCAGAGAAAUGCUCUUAUUAGUCAUUUCUCUAUAAAUGAGGGAGAGGAUCAUAUCAAAAGUAGAGUACUUGAUAUGUGAAGAAGUUGCUGUACUGAAAUGAUAGAAAAUAAAAGAGAAAUUAUCCAACACAGGUAUGUUUGGAAAAACUGGCUCCUUGAAAAAAAAUGUAUUUCAUACAGGCUUUCUUUCUGACAUUGAGCUUGUACUAGUGAUUAUUACUGUCGUUAUUGAUUGAUUGAUUGAUUUGACAUUGGCAUUCCUGAUUAAGUGACAAAACUUAAAGUUUAUAAAAACUGUCCAAAACAUGGUUUCUAAUAUUUAUUUAUAUCAUCAUUAUGUUUACUACAGUGCCAGUUACAAUACUGUUACAAUUAAUCAUAUGGAAUAAUGUCAGUGUGGUUUGAAUAAUGACUCAUUUCCUUGUUUCAUUUAAGUAGACAGUACUUUAUGACAGUAUUUUAUGUUAAAGACAGUUCAAAGUAAACACUGAUUUGUGGUCCGGUUCAGACUGCAGGAAACACUGCAGAGCUGCACAUCACUAGACAGUUGUCUUGAACUAACAAUCCUCUGAACGUAAUGAAAACUGUAGGUUUCUAUUCUCGCUGUCAAAGAGUAAUUACGCAAACAUACGUAAGACCAUUUCACUGGAAAUGUAUAGGUCGUGGUUUCAGAGAGAAUGUUUAGUUGUGUGUGUCUGUUAAAUUCUGCAGCACACUAAGCACUUGAGAAAAAUUCAAGGACAAAGAAACCAAUGCACUCUUUUACUCUCUUUGUAAAUCCUGAAUUGUCUGAAUAUCAGUGUUAAUUUACAGAAAAGCUGUUGUCUUUAUUUUAAUGAUAUAUUAGAUAAUGUAUGGUACACAUGGUUGUGUGGUCGUACAUUAGUAUCUAUUUAUGUGUACAUUGCACGCCAGUAAGGCGAUUUGCUUUACAUCUGUGUCGGUGUUGGUGAUACAAAUGUGUAGACGAAGUGUGUGUUUGCCUUUGUGAUGAAUGAAUACACACACAAACACACACACACUGUGGCACUCUGGGGUCGAAUAUAAACUGUCAGUCAUGUUGAGCUGCUGUGGAAGCUGAUUGGAAUUUGAAACACUGCAGGAAGAGCUGAUUACAUAUUGAGGUUGUUUGCUCAAUUGCAGCAGGUAUUUGAUAUGCAAAGACACUUUUUAUUCUGCAAGAAAUCAAUUUCAUUGGAUAAAAGAUGAGUAACCACCCAGAGCUUAAAUUUUACAAUAUAAUUGUCAUUGUUUCUUUUUCUGGCUUUAAUUGAAGUCUGACUGAAAUGUACCAUUGUUUUAUCCCUGUUCUCCCCCGUCAGGGCCAUGAGAUGACGAGCAUCGGGCUCCUUCUGGGUGUGUCCUCGGCCAAACUGGGCACCAUGGACAUGUCUAUUACCCGCCUGCUGAGUAUACACAUCCCUGCUCUCCUGCCCCCCACCUCCACUGAGCUGGACGUACCACACAAUGUUCAGGUGAGGGUGUGCUGCAAACAGAAGUAUCAGCGUUAAUCAUCUUAUCAGGAGAAAUAACUGUGAAAUUACAAUAUUGUAAGUUAAUAUGUAUGGGUAUGUGAGUUAUUACACGGCUGUUAGUUUGUCUUUAUAACCCUUUUCUCCAAUUUGUAAAAAACAUGGAUCUAUAGUAUUGCACAGCUGUUCCACAAAGAAAUAGAUCAACAGUAAUCAGUUUUAUUUCUUUACUGUCUGAUAUGCAGGUUGCUGCUGUAAUUGGCAUCGGGCUGGUGUACCAGGGAACAGGACACAGACACAACGCUGAAGUCUUGUUGUCUGAGAUAGGUGUGUGUGUGUGUGUGUGUUGUGAAAGGAGAACAAAAACACAAACAAACAACUUUACAGUUAGAACAAGACCAUUUGUUGAUAAAUGGCAUUGAAAAAAAUAAUAAUUUGACUGUAAGACACACUUCAACUCAGAAAUAGUUCUUGAUGUAACUCAUAGGUGACCCCUGUUGUGGUACUGAAUAAUUUUCUGGAUGUACACUUUGUGCUUGAUUUGUUUUUGAGUAUUCUUAAGUUUGAUUUUGGUCAAAUAAUUUUUGUCUCUGUAUCUGUUUUCAGGUCGACCACCUGGUCCAGAGAUGGAGUACUGCACAGACAGAGAGUCCUAUUCUCUGGCUGCAGGACUCGCCCUGGGCAUGGUCUGUCUCGGGGUAAGCCACACACCGACACAUUUUACUGGUUUGUUAAGAAUACUCUAGAAAUGUAGUGCUGGGAGUUUUUAAAAAUGGAGGUUUAAUCUGUCAGAACAACUGAGGUAUCUUCUGUCUGUAGGUUGAUUAUUACUUUCCUUUUUUUUUUUUAGCUUUAUGAGAAUGAGAAACUGUAGUCAGUCUCCAUCUACAGCUUAAUGCGUAGACAAGACAGUAUCAUAGUUUUUGUGUUCAUGCCCACUGAGAAAGAGGAAGAAGACAAGUUCUCACGGGAGUUUACAAUGACCUCUCAGUGUUUUUGUAUGUGGCUUUCCUUGUUCUUCUCCUGCCGCUGUCGUGUAAUUUUCAAAAUUACCCAGCAUAAGGGACCCAUAAAGUUCAUCUUAUUUCAUUUUCUCCCAUUUCACUCUUAACAUUGUCUAUGUCUCUCUGUUCCAUGUUAACUAACUCAUCUGUCCUUUAAACACUUACACCGUCUUCUCUGUUUUCCCUCCACCUCUCUGUUUUCUGACCACCAUGUGCCGUUUUUCCGCUCUCUCUCUCUCUCCAUCAUUUUCUCUCUCUCUGAUUUUUAUUGUUUUUCCUCAUUCCUCUGCCACCCUCCCUUUCCCAUCUCUCAUUUCUUUCACUCCCCUCUCUCUUUCUCUCCUUGCAGCAUGGCAGUAACCUGAUUGGGAUGACAGACCUGAAUGUCCCUGAGCAGUUGUAUCAGUAUAUGGUGGGGGGCCAUCGCAGGGCUCAGGCAGGGGCCAACAGGGAGAGACACAAGUCCCCAAGCUACCAAAUCAAGGUAGAUUGAGAGCGCUUUCUUUAUUUCUAUUAAAUGCAGUCAAAUGAUCAUAAAUACUGUCAUAUUUUUGUUUCAGAGAUACUUAACCCGAAUGCAUAACACACAAUUCUUUUUUUAGUAUUACAAUCUAAAAACCCUGCCUGUUUAAAAUGGUUCACUUGAAGCCAGCUGACUAGCAUGUUACUGCUUUCAGCUCGUUUCUCUAAUAAAAAUCUCUCUUAAAACAUCAACAAUGGUAUUUUCAGGAGGGUGACACCAUAAAUGUAGAUGUGACGUGUCCAGGGGCCACACUGGCCCUCGCCAUGAUUUACCUCAAGACCAACAACAGGUGAGUUUAAAACCAAGAGGUAUGAAUUUAUUGUUUUUGACUAAAUUAAAGAACCAUCAAAAUGAUAGAUGUUUAGUAUGAUUAAUUAUAUGAUAGAGUAUUAGAUACCUGCUGAUUAUUUUGAUGUAUUUCUGAUGUAUUUUUAUGAUUUUUAGCUUUAAUUUCAUCUCUUUUCAUACAGUUUAUCUUUAAAUUCACACUUAAAAUGUUAGAUUAGAUUAGAUUAAUUCAACAAUUUAAUUAACAAUUUAAUUUACCCUUUUGGGAAGGUUCCCUUAAGGAAAUUAAUUUGCAUGAACUUAUAGAUGCUUGUUUCACUUCUGGUUUAUCUGGCACAUGGUUUGAAUAAUCAGUUAUAUGUUAAAAAAUAUAAUUAAAGCGCAUAAUUUAAGCAUCAGCUUGUUGCUUAUCUGCCUAUACCAGUAAUUAACUUUUAAGCUUUUAUCUGCUGAUAUCGGCAUUGUGCAGCUUUAAAAGAAUUGAUUGGCAUGACAUGUGAUACUAUAGUGCCUGUGCUGUAGAUCCAUGAAGACUUCCCUGUUAUGGUAGAUGCAUAAAAGAUGAAUAUGUCGACCCAGAGCAGGUAAAAAGCUGUAGCCAGAGUGUUGCCGUCGACUUUCUCCCAUUUUGUGUCCAGGUGAACAUUGAGCAGGACACCCUAACCUUCCUAAAGAAAUGUCUAAACCCUUCAGUGAGCCGAGUUCUCACUUCACCUUACUGAGGGAGAAGAGUCCUCCAUUGUCAAGAGGUCCCUGUCCUCUCCGGGGCUUAUCUGAUGCUGUCUGUCUGUCUGUCUAUCAGCUGAAAGGGUGUAAAGGAGGGUAUUAACACCCUCUUAUCUCUUCCUGGUUCUGCCCACCAGGUCGAUUGCUGAUUGGCUCAAACCUCCAGACACUUGGUUCCUGUUGGAUUUCAUCAAGCCUGAGUUUCUGCUGUUGAGGGUUUGUGACGGGCUUGUGCUGUUGUUGUUGUUUGUGUGUGUGAAGUUUUGUGCAUUUGUGUGUCUGUGUAUGUAUAUAUGCAUGUGGUGUGUGUAAUCAUUGUUACUGCCUCACUGUCUUCUGCUUUUCUUCAUGCUGCUUCUUCACCCUCUCAGACUCUUGCUCGGUGUAUUAUAAUGUGGGAUGAAAUCCUUCCAAAUACUGAGUGGGUCAAGAGUAACAUACCCCAGGUAAGGCAAUACACACAUACAGUGUUUAUGCUCAUUCACACAGACAGUAUUAUUGUGCUGUUGUAUUUGGGGCUGUGAUGUUUCAAACCAGGAAAAGGUCAAAGUGACUUUUAAAGAAUUUGGCAGAGUCGGUUGAUUUCUGCGUGUGGUGGGGGAUUGGGAGGAGUGCAAGCUUGCUUUAAUGAGCAAAGAAAAAGUAAACUUCAAGUUGCCCUGCUCAGGCUCUACCCUGUAGACAAAAUCCAUUUAGUUUUUGUAAUACACAUCAGCAGUCUCAAAGUUUUUCUUUAGUAUGACAGGCCAACCUGGAUAAACCUGGAAAAAAGUGUCAUUUGUUUGAAACGACCUAAAGUGUGCUUUUCCAGGGUGUGAUACGCAUUUCAUAAUAUUUCAAGUAAAUUGAAAAACUACAGUCUUUUCCCCUGUGAUUCAGUUGCUAAAAUUAAUCCUAACUCGAAUGUUGGGAAUCUUUAAGCAGCCAGUCACUGAUUGUUUUCCCAAUGAUUAUUUAAUUUCUGAAUCUUUGUUUUUCAGAUCAUGAGGGGGGCUUUUGACCCCUCAGAAGACUUCAACAUGGAGACAAUGUCGUAAGUAUUUUAGCUAAACAUGAAUAUUUUGAAUAACUUUGAAUAUUUUAUUGUCAUUGGGAUUCAGCAUUAUCAGUGACUACCACUGACAGUUGUCACUUACUUAGAUUGAGAGAGCGAUGUGAGAGAGUGUCUCAGCAUCAACACUGAUCAUCUCAUGUGAUUUGCUUCUAUCAGCCAAGCCCAGGACUACAUCACCGCAGGAGCCUGUAUGGCACUGGGCUUACGCUUUGCUGGCUCUGCGAACUCUGAUGCCUUUGACUGCCUUUAUGAGUGUGCCAGGACCUUUAUGCAGAUCUUGUCCUUCAGUGGAACAACCUCUGUUGUAAGUGUUUGUAUUUUUAUUUAAAGUUCAAAUUUGGACUGUGGACUUUUAAUAAAUGGCCUCCCAAGAUUUUAAUUGUCAUGAAAACACAUUUUUACUGUCAGACGUUUGUUGAUAUUGCCGAGUAUCCCCCUUGCUUUCUCCAUCCUUUAGCCUAACUGUGCUCUGAUUCCUGUAGCAGACGGGUUAUUACAACCUGCAGACUGGUCUGUCGAUGAUUCUGCUGGCUAUGUCCAUGGUGAUGUCCGGUACAGGGAACCUGAAGGUCCUUCAGCUCUGUCGAUUCUUCCACAAACGAACCGGGGGCGAGAUGAACUAUGGCUUCCACAUGGCUCAUCACAUGGCACUGGGUCUGCUUUUUCUGGGAGGGGGAAGGUGAGAUACUAACGUGCACAAAUACAGCACGACUUCCAACAACUAUUUCAGUGAUUUAGUUUUAAAUCAAAACAUUAAAGCGGUUUUGAUUGAGAUAGUCUGGUUAAUAGGUUCAUUUUCUUUGGGUGCUGAUUUAGCUUAUUGAGCGAUUCUCUUUCUCGUUUCCGGUAAUGCUUUCUUUUACGGUACACUUACUAUCAGGUAAUUAACAGGCAAUCUUCGCACGCCCAUAGGCUGUGUCAAUCAUAGAAAAUAAGAACCCUAAAUAGCUUUUGAAAAUGGAGCUGCACAGAAAAAAGAAAAAAGGAAAAACUAGACAUUAUUGACUUAGUAGUUAUCAUGUAAUUACAGAUAAUUUCAUGUUGUUACUAGGUAAUUACCUGGUAAUUACAUGGUAAUAAGUAUACCGUAAAAGAAAGCGUUACCCAGUGUCCUACACCUUGUUCUGUUCUGUCCAGUCAUUCAUAAUUGCUGAUAAGGAUUUGUAUUUGUAUCUUGUUUACAGAAGGGGAAACACAUAAAAAGUCAGAAAAAAGUUGCUGAAAACUGCCUCAAUACAUUUAGAAAAUGAACAUUAUAAUGAAAUUAAUAUUUGCAGAUGUUUGAAUUCAUGUUAUAUGACAAAAUAUCUAUAAUUAUCACUGUCCUGUGAGCCUGUAAUCUUGGAGACCUGUAUACCAGUGAAAUACUUCCAAGCUCAUAGACUGGUACUGACUCAAACAGAUGUCAAAAAGUUAUUAAAAUCACAGAAUCAUUCUGUUUUUAAAGUAUCCCUCAUAUCAUAUCACUAAACGUGAAAACUUGCUGUUUACAGUUCUAGACAGCCAGAACCACACUUUCGAUGCUUCUGGGAGUGACCAUGUUUUUGACCUAUGUUCUCAUAUAUUUCAGUAAAACGCACAAAAACACUUUUUCUGUUACGGUCCUUUUUGCAUAACGGCUCAAAUUUAAACAUACUUGCACACAAACCAGGUUGCCUCAACCACUGACCUCAGGUUGUGUAUUUUAUAGAGAAACAACUGGACCCACUCUCUCAUUAUAUGUUGCAAAUGUUUCUCCACCUACAGCUGUAAUCAGAUGAACCUUUUUGUUUUACUCGGGUCACAUUUUAUUUUUGAGCUGCCAGCUGAAAGCCCACACAGCUGCAGGGAAUUGGUUUGAAUGUCAUGAACUGUUGGGUGUAUUAUCAGGAGAGUGUCACAGCGGGUCUGUAGAGGUCAGAGAUAAUUCUAGAGGGCAAACUCAGCGAAGUUGGUCCAUGUCUCACCUCUAUUUUCUUUUCUUUUACAUAUCUACUUUUCAAGCAUUUUAUCUGUAUUGCAACUCCCCUGCCUUUCUUUUUGUUACUCUUUUCCUCCCCUCAGUUUUUGCUCACUGGUACUACGCUCUGUUGACUGUUUGCGUUUUUCUCACCCUUUCUGUCUCCUUCCCACUUUCUCUCUGUCUGCUCAGUUAUUUCCUCUUCACAUGUAUUCAUUCUUGUAACCAGGAAACUGAAGUGAAAGUUAUGUUUUCCACCAGAAGCCACACGUGUCAUGGCUUUUAUGCAACGUCGGUCUAAAUCAGCAGUAAUACAGGCUGUUAGCCUCCACAGGUUUAUCACGUUUUUGCAUGGGGUUUACUUUGGCUGCUCUGGUUUUGGAAACUAGACACAAGCAAGUGGGUUGUUAUGAAUACUCCCACACUAUUGCUCUUUCAUAAAUGCUAACCCCAGAAUUGGAGUCUAUCCCUAAAUCCUGCCCACUGCUUUCUCAACAGGGACUAAUGAGGCUCAAAAUCAUGCGUUAUUCAGGCUGUUAGAAACAAUAGUCAAAGAGUGUUACUUGAAUCAACUGGCAGCUCAUACUAUAGGAAAGUAACUCAACAGAAAGGACUCGAGGUCGACCGAAACCUGGAAGCACAGUUCCUGUGUGCUGCUUCUUAACACUAAACAUGGUAUUGGUGAAAAUAUGACUGUUGUUGCCUCACAGUGUGAAGUUGCGAAUACUGAAGCAGUAACAGAGGAGUUAAGUGAACUGAUUCAACCGAUUUGGUGAAAAAAAAUCUGUAUCUGCCGGUGACUCACAGUCAAAAACUUUUGGCAAAGAGCAGUGUGCCCAAUAAUGAUUUCUCAUCUUUGUGUUGCUAAAUUUAAAGGGUAAAGUGGUCAAACGUACUUUUGUGCAACAGAAAGAAGUACUUGUUUUAAAAAUAAUUGUAGGGUAUGACUCGAUGUAUUAUAGUCAAGUUAAUGGAAGAAACCACUGGAAAAAAAGAAUCAAAACCUAAAUGUACAGAUUAACCAUGCUUUUCCUUCCUCUCUGCCACAGUUGAGCAGAUUCUUUUGCUUUUACAGCAUUAGACUUUCUCAGCUAUUCUCAGUAAACACAUUUAGCCACAAAUCCAAGUGUUCAAAGACCAAAAAAAAAAAACAGUGGCUCUUACCGCUUUGAACACUUAAGAAUCCAAGUUUGUCACUACCCUGUGCUGGUGAAUUUGGUCAGGUUUCUGCUGAAAUAUGCAGUUUUUUUUUCAUAUAACACAUUAAGUCUCUAUUUGAUUGCUUGAGUUGUAAAUUUUAGAAAAAUAAGUUAUUGCCAGUGUAGCUCUUAAUACAGACUAAAUAUGCCCAAAGCAGCCUUUUAAUUUUAAUUCACUUUUUUUUUUUUUUACUUCAGCUGACCUUGAACACUCUCAACCUUUCAAGUAAAAACAGCCUUUGUACUCUGACCCAGCUUUAUAAUAAUCACGCCAUUAGUGAAAGUAUGUACUUCACUGCCAACUAUUAUGUUUAAGAGGCUCUGCCGUGGUCUGGGAUGACGUAGGCUAGACUACAAAACACACCUGCUCUUGAUAACAAAGGAAUAAUUGAGAAAAUGACGUUUUUAUUUAGAGGAUAGUGAAUAUUUAAAAACUUAAUGUGAUCACGAACAUUUCUCUCUUUAUAUUUCUACUUUUUACACUCAUAAAUGUGUGUUUAAGUGAGCACUGGUUGCCCCUUUUUCACUACAAGGGUUAAAUCAAGUGGGCAAAUUUUGUGCGUACUUCUCUUCUGCAGGUGGAAGUGGUUAGAGGUCAAAGGGAAUCUUUCUGCAUCUGAAGUGGAUGUACAAUUAGCGUUGAUGAAAAUUAUAGUUAACUGACGCAAUAAACUCUUCUGCAGCUCUACAGAGCUCUGUAUAAGGAGAUAUGACACAUUAGAAAUCAUAUACUCUCUAUGCUGCAUUAAUUUAGUUUAGUUAAAACACGUCUUAAUAUUAUUGGUCAGCAAAGAGACUGUGACGUUUUCACAGCGUUGGCACCCUCUUUGUUUGUCCUUUUGAUUGCCAUGUGUAAUGCUUGUAGAAGUACUUCAUAGCCAAGUUGAAAUAUUCAUGUAAGUAGAGGUGCAGACUGGAUGCAAGCUGAAAAGCCAGUGCCUAUGGACCAGCAUUUAUUUAGCAACAGAUUUAACUCUCGAAUAAAUAGCAAACAGACUGAAGUUAUAGAAAUAAUUCCUUGUCAAUAAUUGUGUUUUAUUUUGUCUGACUGUAGGUACACCCUGAGCACGUCCAAUUCAGCCAUCGCUGCGUUGCUGUGUGCUCUGUACCCGCACUUUCCAGCUCAUAGCACUGACAACCGGUAACACACACACACACACACACACAGACACACACACACACACACACACACACACACACACACACACACACACACACACAUACACAUACACACACACACUCAGACCACUAAAACUUUCAUUUCCAUUUUCAACAGUCAACGUUGAAUGACUGAAUCUUUGGUUUGUAGUUUAAGAUUUAGUGUUAGCUUGUAUCAUUUUUACAUAAUGUAACUCCUAAAAAACAAAUACAGUUUCUUGAAGAUUAAAAGCUUAAUCUUAAUGUGACAAAACUAGAGGAAAUAAAGCUUCAGGUGGAUUAUGAGAGUAGAUCAAGGAUGAAAUACUCCACCUAUGUAAGAAUGAAGGUUUUGGAUAAUGCACAAAACCACAAAAAGGCAUUUUUAUCAUUUAAAUAAGGAAAAAGAACAGUAUCGAUAAAAUGAUUGAAAGAUCAGGGUUUUUUAAUAUUAUCUCUUUAUCUCUGUAGAGCUCACACCAGACAGCAUUAAAACAACAUGACUGCUCUAGCUCCAAAUAACUGAAGGGUUAGUUAAUGGCAUCUGCUUGACUCAUUGUUUUCCUCCUCUGAGUGCUGUUUGUGUUUUCUGUGCUGCAGUUAUCACCUGCAGGCUCUGCGGCACCUGGCUGUUCUGGCUGCAGAACCCCGACUGCUGGUCCCCGUAGACGUGGACUCCCUAAAGCCCUGUUACGCCCUCUUAGAGGUCACAUACAAGGUCAGUACAUUAAGGUGUUCAGGGCUGGCAAAGGCAUGUGGAGCUCACACUGUCAAUUUGCUGCACUUCUUCCAUACUCUAACUCUAUUUUUUUUAAUAUUUUUUGAUCAGAAGUUGUCCCCUCAAAAGUUAAAUUAAGUGGAGCUAAAAAAGAUUCUGACACAGCAAGAACUUUAGUGUCUGGUAAUUGAUGGUUGUUAAAUUUUGUCCCACAGCAUGCACUUCCUGCUUCCUCCUCUCUCUCUUAUGCCGGCUUUCACAUGUAGUUCUGAAACUGAACUUCCUCUUGACGAAUAGUUUUACAUGCAAAUGCACACAUGUGCUCACACAGACUAUUUAUGUACAUGUGCUGGUCUGAACCACAUGAAAACACACCUGCCCAUCACACUGGAAUAUUCAGCAUUUUCAAAGAUCGUUGUCCACAGAUGGAUGUCUUUAUUUGUGAACAUAAUGACACUGAUGCACCUUCCUACCAAAGGAUCAGAGCAGGCUGGGUUCCCUCUGCUUUACACUUUCUAUUUAGAUUUAACUCACAUAACCUCCCUGAAGGAAAACCAAACUAUUCCCUUAGUGAAAUGAAGACCAUCAAAAAUACUUGGCGUACAAAAGUCAGUGUGUGGUUUUGACGCUCUUGCAGUUUAGUCUACACCCAGACUUCCAGUUUUGUGGUAUUUCACAAAAGUUUAGAGUGUCCAUUCAUGUUUAACCACAUUUUAGUCCCAUGGAUCAUUUGCACUUUUCUUUAGUAGGAAGCAGACAUACCUCUGUGGCUAGUGUUGAUGCCCUACUUCCUUUUUUUGGAGAGAUUUUCUAAACUGUUAAAAAUAAAAACAGCCACCUUCAAAUCCAUCCAUGACCAGACAAUAAGAUGGCCAGAUACUUGAGAAACUGUGGAUAUUUUGUCCCUCAUUUCAUCAGCUAUUACUCCCCCCUGUGUCUAUCUUUGGUGGCUCUACAUUUUCCUGACAUGUACAUUCAAAUACCAUUGUUGCAACAGUUAUGUCCUCACAUAUACUGGAAAUAGCCUCUGAAUUACAGGAACUGUUAUUUCUAAAUCCUCUGCUGGGUUUGGUUGCUGCUCUGUAUAGAUGUGGCAAGUUUAGAAGCGGUGUGUUUUAGGUUUUUGCCUCACUGUGAGGCCCGGCUGCCUUUUUUUUACUCUGUUGUUUGAAGCAGUUUUUUUAAGUCGAAAGAGAAGGUCUCUGUUUCUGAACUGUUUCACAAAGUUUUCUGUGAGCUAUUAUGGGAUUUGGCAGCAUGUGUGUGUUCUGUAUUACAAUAGGAGUAAGUAGAGGUGUUUGGUAGACAUCCAAUGGGAGGGCAGGUGAUACACUUUUAUUGAGACAAGAUGGCUUGCGGCAGUAACUUGAAAUCCUCUUGUAAAAUGUAGAAAGGCUCAGAGUUUCAAGUGGAAAAGUUAAACAAAAUCUGAUGCACAUUUUCUUUUCAGUGAGGGGGUGCAAUGUUGGCAUCUAUUACCCAAAAAAGAGACAAAUUUCAACAAAGGCCUUUUAAUAGUCCACAAAAAGUCCAAGGUCUGUUAGCAAACCCUCCUCUUAGCUUCUAAAAUUUCAAUAUUCAUUUGUCUAUUUAUUUAGGGUUACUGGAGGUCAAAGAUGGAUUAUUUUUACAGUGUGGAAAACCUCGAGGAGCAUUCCUCUUUUUAUUUAGUUCACAGCAGAGAGCUCUGUUUGACUCUUAGUACAACAUCCAUCAUUACACUCAAAGCUCAAAUGGUAUCAUUGUCUAUUCAGUUUGAAUGAAUGAAAUCUUGCUUGCACAAGGAACUGACAAGUUUCAGACUUCUCUUGUUUUCAUGUGCUAAUGUGUCGUCACUAUGUACAUUCACAGUUUAUUCACUGGUGCAUUGUGAAUAACAACAGUAAUAUUCAAACUGCAGUAUAUAUAUGCAGUAUUUACAAAAUGUAUCAGAGAAUCACAACUGGCUGCUGAUGUAAGAGCUACUUCUUUAGCAUGUUGAUUUGUAAAUGGUAUUUCUUUUUGUUUCAGGAAACCAAAUGGUACGAGGAGACAACAGUGGAACUGAUGGCUCCUACCAUGCUACCCGAGCUGCAUCUUCUUAAACGGGUAAAACUUCUGCACAAUGCUUCUGCCCUCAGUCGUCCUUCCUGUUUCUUUAGUAAUCUUUCUUGAGGCAAUUGGAUUGUAGAAUAUUGGUAAAAAAAAUAUAUAUAUCAGUAACUGUCAAAUAAAUCAUAACCAGAUAUUUUAUUGCUAUUUUUUUCAAAUUGUUAUAUUCCAAUUUGUGUUUGUUUAUUUAUCACAGGUGAAGGUGAAGGGACCACGAUACUGGGAACUUUCUGUGGACCUCAGCAGAGAAACACAGCACCUGAAGUAAAUAAAGAGUGUUAUCACAGUGAACACGUUUCAAUAACGAUCAAUAAGAUGAAACCACUAACUCUAAUCACCCGUAUUGAUUUAGUCGGCUGAUUCAGAGGUCAAAUUCUGAUUGAAUGUUUGUAGGUCCAUCCUGUCCAGAGAUGGGGUGUUGUAUGUGAAACUCAGAGCCGGUCAGCUGCCCUAUAAAGAUGACCCUCAGGGCUGGAAAAGUCUGCUGGCCUCCACCGUCAACCAUCGUAACUCUGGAGUCAGAGCUUUUAAGGUGAACACACGGUGAUGUCAGACACACUCAUAAACUCCAACAUCUGUGAUUAGGAGAGUGUAGUGGGGGUGGAUAGCUGAGGUAAUAAAUGGCUCCAAUUUUCACUCUUCUUUGUUUGCUUAAACAUGUAAACCAUUAUUUCUGUCAAGAACCAAAGCACAAAAUUACCACUAUUAUGUGUAGUGAAAAAUAAUACUGUAUGUGGGAGAAGUUCAGACAAGCAACAGACAUUGAUGACGUGGGUUUAUGAUCUAUCCUGAUUUGGGCCUGCAGUAUUCACACUCUGGUCUUAAAUGGUUCAGUGUGGGUGUAGACAUUUGGGCCCUUGUUUUAGCUACAAUAGAUAACUAACUGUAUGACUUGAAGGAUACUACAGCCUUCCUACCUUUUCAUUUUCUGCAUCCGUCUUUGCUGCUAAAAACUUUACAAUGUUGACAAAUAAAGGUCUAAAACUGAAAUUUAUAGGAAUCAUAUUUGCCUUCAGUUGAAUUUCUUAAGGUUUACUGUGUUUAAAAUAGUGCAAAUCCUAUUAAGGAAACACGUCGACACCAAUAAUGCACUAAAAAUAGAAGCUAUUAGGGUUGAAUUGAAUUGACCUCCUCCCCAAUGGUUGCUCGUGACCAGUCUUGGCAGGUUGUCACUACAGGUUUAGCAGGCAGCUGUUUGGUUGACGCACUAUUACUGGUUCCCUGAUGGCCUCACUGUAUGCUGUCAAUACACCUGCAGGUCCAGAGAGAGAGAGAGAAAACACAAAACAAUUGUUCUGUUUGUCCUCACUGCCCUCCUUCCUCAGCUGUCUUUGUCUCCUUGCCUUUUGUCUAUAUUUUCCUUAUCUGUAUUGUAUCUAUUUGUAAAACAAACAAACAAACAAACAAAAAACUCUUUUCUUUCUUUUUUUUCAGCCUGAAGCGAUCUCUACGUUCACGUCAGAGCCCGCUUUGGUCUCCUUUGCAGAGUUCUUCUGUAAAGCGUUGGAUGGAAUGAAACAUGUGAGUUAAACGCACAGACAGAGACUUAGUUCUGCCUCUUAAUUCAAUGUUCCUACAGCCACUUCAUUACUCUGGAAACACAGGUUGUUGUUGGUUGAGCUGUCCAAAAAUAGUGAUUCUGUUCUCAUUCCUACUACCUGAAACUUGAUCCAGGAAAUAGUCAAGAAAAGUUUUAACUUGAGCUGAUGCAAAAAUAGGAGACAGUGAAUCGAUAGGCUGAUGGAAUCUUGAGCAGAAUAGUAAAAUAAAGUCACGGAGCAUUGAUUUAUUUAUUUAAGUAAAAAGUUUUUAAAAACUGUUACAUAAUACAAUUUUUCUUAUUUUAACGGCUUUUUAAACUGUUAGCUAUUAUCAGCCUUGUGGGAAGGUUAAUUAAGCUUAAAGGAGGGUCAUUAUUACAGAUUUUCAGUCAUUUAUAAUCCCUGCAUAAAGACUCAAUGUGCUUUUAUUUGGAAUUUGUACUUUAUAAAAAAAAAAAAACUUUUUGUCUAAGCAUGUCAAAGAACAAACGUUGCAUCUUGUUCUCUGGUUUUGGUAUAAGAAAUUUCUGAAAACUCUGUUCAAUGUCUGAUCAGAGCCACUUUUGAUGAUGCACCAUUGCCCGGUCAAACUCUAUUUUAGCUUGUGUUGCAGCUGCCGGCUGCUCUGCUCUCUUUUCGUAUUGUACCAGUUUUUUAAAUUGUUCUCUCCAUCAGUCGAGCACAAAAUUUGGCCCUGGCUGAAAAAUAUCAAAGUUCUCCUUCAAGGAGUUUGACUGAUUUUGUUUCUCUGUAACUUGGACUUUCUGUUGAACUUGUUUGAAAUGUUUUCUUUCCAGACAACUUCUUCAGCAAUGAAAAAUGCACAGACAUGUUUGAUGAAUAUGGUCAAAAAGAAAAUCAGCAUAUUUCUAUGCAGCCUGUAUCUCUACUGAGAUGAUAUAUCCUGUGUUCAUUCACCUGCAUGAAAGCCAAUUUAUGAGCAUUUUUAUAUCAAGUCACAGACAAACCAGAGAAGAGUGGCUAUGAAACUCAGACUAAGGGCUCUUUUACCUCCUCAGUCCUGGCCAUGAUCAUCAAAUUAUUACAAAAAUUAUUCCUCAGAAUUAAAAAAAGAAGAAAAAAAUGUCUAUUUCUAUUUCUAUUUCUAUCUAUUUCUAACCACUUGUAAACAACAACAUGCAUCCAAGAGCACUGAGAGUUAAAAUAAUCAAACUCAAACAUGUAAGACCUGAGAUCAAAUAGCACAAAGUACUGUCUUAUCUUUCAGUAGGGAUACAUAACCAUAAAUGAUAUAACACUAACCACUCUGCUUUAUCUUCACACAUUUAUAUAAAAAAUUAUACAACAUAAACUUCCUCCAGGAAUCAUGUGUCUGGAUGAGCAAACAAGUUUCCAUCAAAAGUUCAACCCUGUACUGUUUGUUUAUGAUCACGGCCAACUGAAUGGAUUUUUAUACAGAUCAGGUUAGCUGAGCCCACAGCUACUGUAUGAGAUAUUAUAGAUACCACAGAUUGUUGUGUGCUGCAGUUAAACGCUUUAAAUCGAUAUUUUACAGCAUGCAGGGUAAUUCAAAGAAGUGUCAUGAUGAGUGCAUAAUCUGCUGAUCAAUCACCGGACUCCUAUCUUUGAGGUGAAGAGGUUUGCUUUAUCCGUUCUUGUUAUUCAGAGGUCACUGGUGUCAGCUUGAACAGCGAAAUGGAAGAAAAUGACUCAUUCUGUAGUGUGACGUUCUGUAAUUGAAUUUAAUGACAUGCCUAUUUAAAGUCCUUCAAUACAAUCAACUUUUCACCCUCAAAGUCAUUUAAAAGUCAUUAUUUUGUUAAAAAAUCGGGCACAAACUUGAAUCCACGGUCUACUACAUGACGAGUGUUGACAUGAAAUAAGAGCUCUUACGUCUAACGGGGGAAAAAUAAAUCAUAUCUUCAUACUCUAAAACCUAAAGAACCAGGGACAUUUUUUGCCCAAUCAAAUGUUUCUAGUUAAAGUGUGGAUUAUGUUUGAAGAAAAGUACAACAUGUGAUUUCAUUCUCCAGUUUGAUUCUGUGUUGAACACUAACUCCCUGCUUCUGUCUUUCUUUUUGUGUGCAGAGAGAAGAUACACUUGCCUUGUUCUCAGCCAUGCUCUAUGAGUGCGUGACACAGGAAUGUCCAGAGAUGCUGCCUACUUACAUCGCUAUUGAGCAGGUGAUAAGUCCCCAUGAUGAUAUUUUGUCAGGGCAUAGUUGUGCAGUUUCAUAACCAAGAAGAAAAGAUGCACAGUUCUCCGAAUUUUUAGAUUUUCUCUUGACUGUAUAUUUUGGAAACUAGUUCAUCCUGUGCAGUUUCUAAGUUACAGGAUAUUGUUCUUACCCUGAAGCAUUUGUUACAAUAGUUUGAAUGUAGUGAAGUUCAAAGUAGUUUACUGUUGCUGAAGUGUUUAAAUAUUAUAUAAAUUAAUUAUUUUCAGUAGUCUGUGUGGGAAUCAAGUAAAUCUGAAUGCUGUUCACGAAGUUUUGAAGAAUUCAUCUGAUAACAUCAGAAGUUACUGGCAGGGAUGAAAACUCAGUCAGCUUCUGUUUAAACUCAUCUCUGGUGUCUCUCAGACGGUGGGCGCCCUGCGACGGGACGACCUGCAGCAGACCUUCCCUCUGUGGCAGAUGCGUCUGGUGGUAGAGUUGUGGGACAGGAGGGUGCUUUUGGGUCCUGGAAACCAUCACGACACCCUGCUCACCUCUGAGUUUCUGCCUGUUAUGAAAAACAUGGUUGAUGAAGCUCUAGACAGCUGGCUGAGAGGUGAGAGAGAUGGACGGAGGGGGUGAGCAUGUAUAGAGGGAGAUCAGUUUGGACUAACAGAUCAAAAUCUUAUAAAGUAGUCAAGUAAAAAAAAAAAGAGAGAUAUCUAAGACUGUUUUGUAUCAGGUGUAAAGAUUGCGUAAUGAACGUAUUAUUUAGUACAAUUACAGAAACAGCUCAUCUGAUUCCAACCCCUCCAUCGUACAACAGGUUUUCUGUAGGCCACUUUUGGUUUUCUUUUCAUUUGUUGAAAAGAGUGGAUGACUUAGAUGGAUAAAGGAAACUGCUUUGGUAAACAAGCUGACCUGGAAAACAUUUAACUCACAUGAUCAGCUGAUCAUCACUGCAUCUAUUAAAACGAUUCCACUAAUUUAUCUCUGUCCUCAGACAGCAUGAAACUUGAUCAAGGCUGAUGUUAAAGAAAAAGACUUGUUUGUUUUUUGAAUUUUAGCCUAAACCCAGGGGACAAACUGGACAUUUUGGUUCUGUUUAUUUGCACUGACGGGUUGAGUAUGUCACCGUUUGGAUGUGUUUUAACUUGUUUCCUUGUACAGGGUGUGUAGCACAUUAAUGUCAUAGUUCUGAAGCCAAACAGAUGGUGUAUGCGCUCAAGCAAACACUCUUUCCAUCGUUGACGUGCACAUGCACACAAACUCACACAGGCACAGACACAUACAGUUAAAAGUACACAAAGGGAGGCGUGGGAAACAGGUGAAGUGGUUGGACAAGACUAUGAUCAUGUUACAACUUCAGCAUGUAUUCACAUUCAUGUUUCAUGAAGCCGUUCGACCUCAAUCAUGAGGAAUGUUGAUGUUCUCUGGAACUCACCCAUGAAUGAAAUGUGUGUCUGGAUAAAUCUCCUGUAUUCUCACGAUCCUUGUUUCUAAACCUCGGCUCUCAGGGCCUUCGGUCUUUCUCAUCAGACAGUGAUGCUGUACAUCUUGUAAACAGAGUUAUCCUUGUUUGCAUUAUGUGUAUUUUCUCUUUCAGACAACAGCUUAGUGUUGAGGUCCUACAUGAGGGGUAAGACCCUUCCUAAGGACGCCCAGUCUGUCAUGUUGGCCUGCUUUCUGGUGUACCGCUCCAUCCCCUGCCUCAGGAACACAGAAACACACCUGGAGGGUAACACAUGUUUACUCUGAACACUUUAUGUUUGCACAAAACACUUGAAAUACUGUCGAUACACACUUCAGGAGGAAAAUAUUUCUUAUAGUAGUCAGUUAAGUUAUUCCCAGAAUGUUGAAUUUGCUGUAUCUUGUAUCUUGUUACUGUAAAUAUCUGUAUUUCAACAUGCUCUUCAAAACAAACAGCCACAGAGUAACAAUGUUUGCAGGUCUUGUCCAAAUGAAUUAACUUGUCUGGUGCUUUAUCUUCUCUCUUUGCAGGCUGCAGCUCACUUGGGGACUUAUUGGCACGCAGCAGCCAGUUGGGCAUCCCACUGAGAGACCUGCUGAGGCUGGUUCCCGUCCUGUUGGGCUCUGGAGCACAGACGCUACAGGCCUUUCCUCUACAGGCACAUUGAUCAGUGUUAGCCAGCCGACAAGUAACUUCUCAGACAUCAAGUUGUAGUCCUACAUCCCCCCUUGCGAGCACUGGUAGGGGAGCAGCUGAAAGGAAAUGUUCUGAUAAAACUGACUUUCCUUCUAUCUUAGCCACCAGAAAAUGGAACGAGUCAUUUUGUAAUAUAAUAUUUCUAUGUAGUUUUUUUAUGCAAUGAGGAAAGUUUGACUGCAGCAGUGCAUGUGCCAUGUUUGUGGUGCAACAAAUCCCAUAAUGUGGACUGUUUUGAUGGAAACCACUUUCAUGAACUUGACUUUUGACACAAAGGACACAAAAGACCGGUCACUUCAGAAGGAAGGAAAGCUCUUCAGCUGUAGUUGUUAAAGAGUAGAUGCUGCUUGUAAGAGUUUGUAAAGAUGAAAAGACAAAACCAAGACAAUAAACCACACAUGCACACACAUUUAUAAAUACAAGGAUUUAUUUUGUGCGUUCAUAUUUCCCCAUGAGGCUCGGUUUGGUUUCCUUUCCAAGAAGUCAUAUCUUUUUGCCACUUACAAAAAGUUUUUUCAUGUGAAUUUCUGGGAAAAUCUCCUCCCGUAUGAGACCAGCUGAGGCCGUGAUGAUCUGUAAACCACUGAGAAACCUGCGCUUAUUUCCUGAAGGUGUUUAAAAUUUGAUUUUUUCUUUUUGGCCACAUGAAGAAAAAUACUUCCACCCUCUCACACACAGUACAUCUCUGUAAAAUCAAGCAGCUGAGUAUAAGCAAACCACUUGAAGUUCACAUAUCACAGCUGGGGCUGCAGCCCUCUCUGCAGGAAAACCCAACCACAGACAUGACUCUGAUUUAAUGGCCACCACAAAUACAUCAAUGGAUGAGAGACACUGAACAAACAAAUAAUUAAAUUAGGGGUGUCCUGAUACAAUUUCUUUACUUCCGAUACCCUUCGAUAGCCUUCAGUAUUGGACAACACCGAUAUUGAUCCGAUAUUGGCACAGAUGACAGAUGACUUGUGCAUGACUAGUUUUUGCACUCAGCUGCAACGUCUUUUUAGACUCAAACAUAAAAUACUGCCACACGGCCGACUUCACUCCUACUCCUUUAGGGUGACUAUACUCUGAUUUCCCAAAAAGAGGACAUGACUAAGCGGGGGCGGAGUCGCACAAAGUUCAUUUUGAGAGUUUUUCAGGUCAGAUCAAGUGUCUUUUAUGCACUUCUAACUCAGUAAAUCCACACAAAAUCGAAACUUAUGUACAAAACCGCAGACAAUUGAAGGAUCUCAUAAACUUCCCCGGACAAACCUGGACAGCCCCC